ACCAAUUUGCAGUUGCUUCCGUUCCAACCCAAUCCACUAUAUUUUAUCUAUUCUAUUCUCUUUCCCUCACCAACAAACCAUCGCACACGCCAUUUCUCACAAAGUCUUCUCUCGCAACCCGAUUCCCUCACACCACUCUAUCACCGAUCCUCCUCGUUUUCAACUCAACUCCAAACGAUGCCGUAUCAGGUUCUGUAAAGUAAUCGCCGUUUAAAUAACUGAAGGUUCUCUGCUAUCAUCCUUGUUGGGUUUUUUCUCCGGUUCGGUUUAUUCUGUGAUGGAUCGGGCAGCGUUGACGGUUGGACCGGGUAUGGACUUGCCAAUCAUGCACGAUAGCGACCGUUACGAUCUGGUUCGCGAUAUCGGUUCCGGGAAUUUCGGUGUUGCGAGGUUGAUGCAGGAUAAGCAAACUAAGGAGCUCGUUGCCGUCAAGUAUAUCGAACGGGGUGAUAAGAUUGAUGAAAAUGUGAAGAGAGAAAUCAUUAAUCACAGGUCUCUGAGACAUCCUAACAUUGUUAGGUUUAAGGAGGUCAUUUUAACACCUACCCAUCUGGCCAUUGUGAUGGAAUAUGCAUCUGGAGGAGAACUCUUUGAGCGAAUCUGCAAUGCUGGGCGUUUUACUGAGGAUGAGGCUCGUUUCUUCUUUCAACAACUCAUAUCUGGGGUCAGCUAUUGCCAUGCUAUGCAAGUAUGCCACCGGGACUUGAAGUUGGAAAACACUUUACUGGAUGGCAGCCCAGCACCUCGGUUGAAAAUAUGUGACUUUGGGUACUCCAAGUCUUCAGUGCUUCAUUCGCAACCAAAGUCAACUGUUGGAACUCCUGCUUAUAUUGCUCCAGAAGUAUUGCUGAAACAAGAGUAUGAUGGCAAGAUUGCAGAUGUCUGGUCAUGUGGAGUAACCUUAUAUGUGAUGCUAGUGGGAGCAUAUCCUUUUGAAGAUCCCAAUGAACCUAAGGACUUCCGAAAGACAAUUCAGAGAAUUCUUAGUGUCCAGUAUUCCAUCCCAGACUUUGUUCAAAUAUCUCCUGAGUGUCGUCACCUUAUCUCAAGGAUCUUUGUUUUUGACCCAGCAGAGAGAAUCACAAUGUCUGAAAUCUGGAACCAUGAAUGGUUUUUGAAGAAUCUCCCUGCUGACCUAAUGGAUGAAAAGAUAAUGGGUAAUCAAUUUGAAGAGCCAGACCAACCCAUGCAGAGCCUUGAUACGAUCAUGCAGAUAAUUUCAGAGGCUACCAUACCAGCAGCUGGGACCUAUUCUUUAGAUCAGUUCAUGGUUGAAAACAUUGAUAUGGAUGAUUACAUUGAUGAAUUAGAAUCUGAAUCUGAGCUUGAUAUAGAUAGCAGUGGGGAGAUAGUGUAUGCCAUAUAGUUUGAUCAUCAGCUACACUUGAAAGACUGCAUAUUAAGUGGAGAGCAUCUUAAUAUUGGGCUUGGCAUUUUCAGCAUCAAGGAAAAUGAAAUAUGUUGUGCCCACUUUUUCUGUAGAUUAGCAUGGAUAAUACAAAGUUCAUGUUAAUUUAUGUAUGUUUGCAUACUUGGAGGUUCCAACGUCUGCACCAUUUAACAGUGUUCAGUAUCACUUUUCUGAGGGAUAACAUGUUUCAAACAGUCUAGAAGGGUUGGUGGCUGAGGGAAGAAAUGAUUGUUAUCCUUCCCUUACUACCUUGGUGAAUACUUGCUUUAUAUAUAUUAUAUUUACAUUAGCCUUCUCGUUGUUUCCUGGCUAGUAAAAUUAGCAGUUAGGUGAAUUAUGUUUCAUGCCCCUGCUUAUAUACACAUACUUCAUGUAAACAGUUCAUUUUCAUUAGACAUACUAGUCACAUUUGCUAGUUUAUGUAUUUAGUUUGUGUUUAUGUGUAUCCUCUGAUUUGGCAGAUUUUAUUUUCCUGUAUACCACUUCCCUCUUUCCACCUUUCCGUUUGCACAUGGCUGCACCUCUUUGCAUAGAAUGCUAUUCAUCUAGUUAUUAAUACAAUUUUAGAUGGGAGUCAUAAAUACAAUUAUCAAACAUUUGUUCAGUUGUAAUUUUGAAUCUGUCUCGAAAGGGAUUAGUGUUUAGUUAUUAG